GCAGUGGAAGGACGUCGUGUCUGUUCCAAGCAGCUGCUCGGUACUCGCUCCAAGGCGAACAGGCACUGCUGAUUCUGUCAAACAAGGACAAGGUGUACAAGCGCCGGCCGCAGCUGCGAAAGGAGUACCCACGCGCCGUGCUGUCACGCAUCACCAUCCGCUACCUCUCACCGCAGGAGCUGCUGACCUACCUGGCGUACUGCCACUUUGAGCCCGCCAGGUUCGCCUUUGUUGCCAUCGACGACUUUGACGUCUUCCUUCAGCCUCCCGGCGAGAUGGCCAGGAACGCCCGGCUGUGUGCGUACCUCCUACACAUGCAGAAAUUCAUGCGCUGCAACCUGGCGCUCAGCAUGCCCUGCACAAACCUGCGCAAGCCCGAGCGGGACCCGCACAUGGCAUUGCUGCUUCGCUGGAUCCCGCACGUCAUGCUCAUCGAGGCCUCCUACAGGUCUGGGGUGGCGCCAACUAUGCCAACACCUGGCGAUCACCUGCGCAGCGAGGCGACCCUCUAUCGUUGUGAUCCCGUCGACCCGUUUGCAGACAACGCCGCUGGCGAUGGCAAUGGCAGCGGCGACGGCGAUGGUGAUGUCGCAGGGGUGGAGAAGCAGCAGCAGCCGCUCGCAAAGAGAAGCAAGCACAGUGCGGCUGGCACAGCUGACGACGGUGGCGAUAAGGAUCGGUUCCUGCGGUCGCAGAUUCCGCACAGCCAAGCGAAGUCUUCGUCUUCGUCGGCAUCGUCAUCACAGCAGCAGCAGCAGCACGCUCUCAAGUGGACACCGAUAUCGCAAACAGUCGUGUUCACCUUCACCACCCGCCGCAUGAACGUCAUGCACGUUGGAUGACCGCUUUGUGUGCUUGUAUUUGGGGUUUGGUGUUGUUGUUGUUGUUGUUGUUUGUUUGUUUGUGUGUUUGU